AUGUCAGCUCUACCACCGUGGGACCCUUCCAGACUUGUGCAAUACCGGCGCGCCGCUCAGAACCAGAUGCGCGGACAAGGCCAAGGUCAGGCAGAUCAAAGUCAGGCAGCAGGUCAACUCCAAGCAAUGGAACAAGGCAUUGGAGGCUACGAAGACGAAGGCGAUUAUGGAGAUGGAGGCGAUGAUGAAAACGCGGGCCUUGAUUAUACAGACAUGCUGCUAAUGAUGCUGUUGAUGGGCCCGCCACAGCCGAGAGGAGGGCCUCUGGGCGGUAGCGGUGGCGGUAGUGGGUUUCCCGGUAUGGGAGGAAGUGGAGGAUUUCCAGGUAUGGGUGGCGGUAGUAGGUCCGGUAUGGGAGGAAGUGGAGGAUUUCCAGGUAUGGGUGGCGGUAGUGGGUCCGGUAUGGGAGGAAGUGGAGGAUUUUCAGGCAUGGGUGGCGGAUCCGUAUGA